AUGCUACCCAUAGGCCGGCGGCGCGCUGGCGCUCUGUCGCCUCUCACAACAAUACUCGGCCUUAUACUCCUCCUCAUAAGCACAGCCAGCGCAGCGGUACUGGGUAUAGAUUUUGGAACAUUGAACAUCAAAGCCGCCAUCAUCAAGCCUGGAAUACCCCUGGACAUAGUCUUGACCAAGGACUCGAAACGAAAAGAGGUUGCUGCAGUGGCGUUCAAGCCUACCAAGGAUGACAAGGGAAAUAUCGUCGCGAAGUUAGGUCAAUUCCCGGAGCGAGCAUACGGCAGCGAUGCAUUGGCAUUGCAGGGCAGAUUUCCAGGAGAAGUUUUCCCCAACCUGAAACUGCUCUUGGGAAUGCAGUUUGGCCCCGAAGCGGACAAGACUUCGAGAAUAUACAGACAGCGCUACCCCGGCAUCCAACUGGAACAGGUCAAAGAGCUGGGCACAACCGUCUUCAAGAGCCAGGCAUUCACAGAUGACGUCUUGCCAUUCAGUGUGGAGGAGCUUAUUGCAAUGGAGCUGGCAAACAUUAGAAAAAACGCUCAGGCAAUGGCAGGAAAGGGAAGCUCGGUGGAUGAUGUAGUCAUCACAGUUCCUCCUUUCUAUACGGCGGAUGAGAAGCAGGCAAUUAUCAAGGCCGCGACCUUCGCUGGCUUCGAUGUCAACGCUUUGAUUUCAGAUGGUCUGGCUGUUGGAUUGGAUUACGCCAAGACAAGAACAUUCCCUGAAGUCACAAAGGGCGAAAAGCCAGAGUACCACAUGGUCUUUGACAUGGGCGCUGGUUCAACCUCUGCGACUGUUAUGCGGUUCCAGAGCAAGAGCGUCAAGGAUGUUGGUCGUUUCAACAAGACCGUUCAGGAAGUUGCCGUGGUAGGCGCUGGAUGGGAACGGUUACUUGGCGGAGAUACGCUCAACCAGCUCAUCGUAGACGACCUCGUGAAGAAGUUGUUGACCAAGCCUGUUUUGAAGAGCCGUGGAACCACUGAGGAUGAAAUCAAGAAGAACGCUCGCCUCAUGGCCCGACUGUUCAAGGAAGCUGAGCGGGCCAGACAGGUUCUGAGUGCCAACACGGAGACCAGCGUCUCGAUGGAAGAAAUCCUCCCUGAUAUCGACUUUCGGGCCAAGCUUACUCGUUCGGAUUUUGAAAAGCUUGCAACUGGAUUCGACGAACGUGUCGAGCGUCCGAUCAAGGAAGCGCUGAAGAUGGCGAAGCUUGAAAUCGAAGAUGUCAAAUCGAUCAUUUUGCAUGGCGGCGCGAUAAGAACACCGUUCGUACAGAGCAAACUCGAGGAGGUCGCCGGUGACGCUUCAAAGCUGCGUAGCAACGUGAACCCUGACGAAUCCGCGGUGUUUGGCGCUGCCUUCAAAGCAGCUGCACUUUCGGCAAGCUUCAAGGUCAAGGAGAUCCGAGAUUCUGACAUUGCAGGCUACGCCACCGGCCUCAUGUUCAUGGACCAGGAGAAGGAGAGGAAGAAGCCACUCUUUGGUCCUAACGCCCCAGUCGGCGCCGGUUCGACCACCAAGCAGGUCAGCUUCAAGGACAAGGAGGACUUUGCAUUCGGGUUUGUCCAGAAUGUUGGUGGUGUUGACCGCUCUAUCGUCCGUGUGCAAUCCGAGAACCUCACCUCGUCUGUUGAGGAACUCCAGCGACGGGCUGGUUGCGACAAAGAAUCGAUCAACACAAAGUUCAACGUCCGCCUGGCUCCACAGCAUGGUCUCCCAGACGUCACCGGCGGCAGCGUGAGUUGCGAGGUUGACCCAAGCGCGAAGAGUGGCAGUAUCGGCGACUCCGUCAAGGGCUGGCUUGGAUUUGGCAAGAACAAGGAACAAGAAGCACUCAGUGAGGAGGACGAUGGACCAGUCGAGCAGGUCGAUGCAACACCAUCAGCAAGCUCGUCAGGAGAGUCUUCGUCUGCCUCCGGGACAUCCUCAUCCAGUACCAGCAUAAAAUCGGCUGAGCCAACCAAGUCAGUUGAGGUCAUCCCUCUCCGGUGGUCUACUUCCCCUGAAGGUAACCCACAACCAACGGCGGAUGCAAUCAAGGCGAUGAUCGAUCGUCUGAAGGCGUUCGAUGAGUCUGACAAAGGUCGAUUCGCCCGUGACGAGGCCCAAAAUGCUCUUGAGAGUUACACAUACUUCGUCCGCGACUUUCUCGAGAACAAGGACUAUGAGGCUGCCAGCACGAAAGAAGAGCGUGAGCUGAUUGCCAACAAUCUCCAGCUGACGAGAGACUGGAUGGAGUCUGGCGAGCAUGCCCAAGCAUCAAAAGACACACUGAAAGAGAAGCAUGAGGCUCUCAAGAAGCUUGUAGAGCCUAUUCGGAAACGCAAGACUGAGUCAGAGAAGCGGCCCGAGGUGGUUGAUGGCAUGAAGAAGACGCUCGAUGAGCUGCAAAAGGGUAUCUUGAGGAUCGAAUCGGAAUCUGCCAAGGCAGCAGCAAGUCUUGCGAGUGCCGCAACUGCGUCAGAGUCAUCGAGCACCAGCGAGGUAACAGAGAGCGCUUCUGCUGAUGCAGACGAUCUUGAAGAGCCGGAGACCACGACCAAGGCCGCUCCUAAAUCCAGCGCAGCCCCAACCAACCCCUACGACAGCAUUGACCUUGUCGGAAUACAAGAGAUCUACACGUCGGUUUCGACUUGGUUCACGGAUAAGUUGGCCGAGCAAGACAAGCUCAAGCCAUACGAAGAUCCUGUCCUGCUCGUCAAGGAGAUCGAGAAGAAAGCGACCCAGAUCCAGCAGUCAUUGCAAGAUCUCGUCGACAAGGCUGCGAAGGCCAGCAAGCCCAAGCCGACGAAGAAGCCGAAGACCACCAAAUCGAAGACUGCCAAAAAGGAACAGGCCACAGCUGAUGACACCGACGAGCCCGUCUCACCUGAGCCAGCACCCGAAAACGACGCAGACGACAUCCCCGUAGCGCCAGCAGACUCAGAAUCCGAGCAGGUCCCUCUGCAAGACGACGAGGAGAAGCCAGCCAAGGGCCAGAAACAGAAGAAGGGCAAGAAGCCCGUCAAAGGAGGCGAGAGCAUAGAGGACAUGAUGAAUUGGAUGAAGAAGAACAAUCUCAAGGUGGCGGAGCCUGGUGACGAAGAUGACGCGCAGCCUGGCGGGAAACGCGAUGAGCUGUAG